UCUUUCUGCGCGUGCGCGCGCGGCCUGAGGCGGGAGGAGGAGCCGGCGCCGCCGUGCAGGCGAGAGGCGGGCGGCGACGAUGCUGACGGCGGGCGCUCCCCUAUGAAGCAGGAAGCGCGCGCCAGGAGCGUCAGCCGUUGGGCGUCGGGAGGAAGAGGGAUGUCCGCCGCCGCGUGCGCUCUGUCCCGGAAAAGGCAGCUGCCGCCGGCGGGGAAGGCGAUGCGCAGGGGGGGCCGGCGGAGCGGGCCCGGCGGAGAGGCCGAGGAGGCGGACGGGGAAGCGGCGCUCGGCGGCGAGGGGCAGCAGGCUCCGCCGCCCCCGCAGACACAGCCGGCGGCCGAGGGCGGAAAGGAGGAGGAGGAGUUGGAGAGGGAGCACUUCCGCAGAAUCAUCAACGCCUUCCGUUACUACGGAAUUAAUAUGCAUGAAAGAGUCAAUCGUGCAGAAAGACAGUUCAGAUCCCUUCCAGCCAUUCAACAGAAAUUGCUUCCUCAAUUCCUUCCUCAUCUUGACAAGAUUCGGAAAUGUAUUGACCAUAAUCAAGGAAUCUUGCAGACAGUUGUGAAUGACUGCACACACAUGUUUGAAAAUAAAGAAUAUGGUGAUGAUGAAAAUGGAAAAAUUACACCGGCUUCAACUUUUGAUAUGGAUAAAUUAAAGUCCACCCUGAAGCAAUUUGUAAGAGACUGGAGUGAAACUGGGAAACCGGAGAGAGAUUCCUGCUAUCAGCCAAUCAUUAAUGAAAUUGUAAAGAACUUUCCAAAAGACAGAUGGGAUCUCUCCAAAGUUAAUAUCCUGGUACCUGGUGCUGGGCUAGGUAGAUUGGCCUGGGAAAUAGCUAUGCUUGGUUAUACUUGCCAAGGAAAUGAAUGGAGCCUCUUUAUGCUCUUUUCUUCUAAUUUUGUACUCAACAGAUGCUCUGAAACUAAUUCAUACAAACUAUAUCCCUGGAUACAUCAGUUUAGCAAUAACAAGAGAUCUGCUGAUCAGAUACAGCCAGUUUAUUUCCCUGAUGUUGAUCCUCACAGUCUUCCUCCUGAUGCAAACUUUUCUAUGACAGCGGGAGAUUUUCAAGAAAUCUACUCUGAGUGUAAUAUAUGGGACUGCAUAGCAACCUGCUUCUUCAUAGACACGGCACAUAAUGUCAUAGACUACAUUGACACAAUAUGGAAAAUACUCAAACCAGGAGGAAUAUGGAUCAAUUUAGGUCCUCUUCUUUACCAUUUUGAAAAUUUAGCAAAUGAAUUAUCUAUUGAGUUAAGCUAUGAAGAUAUAAAAAGUGUUAUAUUGCAAUAUGGAUUCCAUAUAGAGGUGGAGAAUGAAUCUGUUUUGACCACAUAUACUGUGAAUGAGCUAUCUAUGAUGAAAUAUUACUAUGAAUGUGUGAUGUUUGUGGUUAGGAAACCAGGAAGCAGCGUCUGAAGUGGAUUAUCCAAGAAGAAAAAUGCACAGUGGCUUCUGGAAUUAUGACUGAACACAACCUCAUAUCAGUGGUGCCUUUUUAUCCAUCGCAGAAUGUAGCUCUGUUGUCUAUUUUUUUAAUCUAUCCUAUAAUCUCCAGAUGUGUACUUCUGGAUAUUUGUAUCUGCGUAAUGAACAUAGAGAGCAAACACUCCUGUAUCAUUUCUUCAAAUUCUGAUUAAUGUUUUUUUCUGACUGGUAAUAAUUUGCAAAUACCAUUAUUAACACUUGCAGUUCUCUGUAAGGUAUAAAAUGGUCUACUUUAAGUUUUCUUUGAAAUAAUAUCUAACGUCAUAUUGGAUACACAAUUCAUUUCUUGUCCCAUGUUGUACAGAAAACAAGACCACUCCUCAUCUUAGCAUAUUUAAUUACUAUUUGGGUGACUUUUGAAAUUUUGAUCUUCCGCAGUCUGAUAAGCAGCAUCAUGUGAACUUGGUCUUCUACUGUAAAAAUGUAAAGAGUUUAUAAAAAUAACACGUGCAUUCACAAGAAAA